GAGGCCCUGGAGACACAGUUCUCUUUCAUAGCAGUUUGCUCCCUCUUCCCUGGAUCCUAUUCCUACUGUUCACCGUCGUCCAUUUUAAUCUGUUGGGGCUGAAAUGCCUCUAGAGAUCCCGAGGGGAAUCUCGGUUCAGGGAGUCAGUGUGCUUUAAUGCUGAGCGACGACCCCGUUUGGAUCCGGUCCUUGUUUUCCAACUGUCCCGAGGGGUAGGGAGGCUACUGGAAAGUUCAAACAGACAUACUCCCUCAAGCUAUGUGCAGCAGGCAAGGGCUCGGAGAUGAAGAGUUUUGUCUGCGCCGGUCGGCAGAAAAGGGAUUGCUCAUAACUCACAACUUGCCAAGGAGAGGAUGUCUCAGUUUUUCAAAUUUUGCUCAAGGCCUCGCAGGUAUGACCAACAUGCAUUUGGUUGUUCCAAGGCAAACACUGGAAGGGGUGUUUUAGCUGUUGCUCACCCUCACGUCGGACAGGUACAAGUGGAACAAAGUAGAAAUGAGGAGAGAGUGCAGCCAGUGACCCACUGUCCUGCAGCCUGUUGCGGUGCUGCUGUUGAAUGCGGAAUAUAAGGCACUAGGGUUAUGCAGGUGGCACAGAAGCUUUGCUCAGGCUUGGUUGACUUAUUAUUAUUAUUUUUUUCAUGUCAAAGGUUAAGGAUUAUGCCUGGGGUUGGAAUGCAGCCUGGAAGUGAGGGACUCGGAGAGCAACAGUAAACACCACCACACUGGGGAGAGGAGUGUGAGUGCACAUGCGUGUGUGUUUCAAUUGGGCUAGAUUGUGCAGGCCUGUGUGUGUGUGGGGGAGUGCAGGGCCGUGCCAUGCUACUACUGAGCAGUCAGGCAACGGAGCGGACUAUCCCCGGGGCCACAAGUAAAGCUGUCACAGCCCACCAGUCAGGAGGAGGUAAGACCGCGGUGGACCACAUUUCUGUCAUCCUGAAUGGAACUCUGGGCCGUGAGGAGGUGGGUUCGAGGUCGGUGGCGGGCCAGGUCGCCCGAUAUGCCGCACUAGAGCAAAGUCAUCCUGCAGCCGGGAGCACUAGGGCACGACAGCACGCGCUGCAGGGGGAGGAGGGACGCUUCAGCCUGGGCAGGAUACGGCAGGAUCUUGGCAGGUGGCCCUCCCUGAGCCACACAGGCAGAGUGGAGAGGAGGAGGGAGGAUGCAGUGCAGGAGGAGGAGGAGGUAGAGAAGGAGGAUGGGGGGGAAAUGACAACGGACCGGUUUCUCCAACUACAACAGCCCUCCAAUAACUCAGCAGCUCCAGCAGCAGCCCAACCUUCUCAGUCAGACUGGGAGACUACAGCGGUAGAAGUAGAGGUAGAUACAGCCACAGCAGCUCCAGAGCAACAGAAGACCCAGGUAGAAACCCAGGGACAGGACAUUUCUCCCCAGUACGAAGGGUCUCUCCUUGGGCAUAAUGGUGGUGUUCUGGCCGGCGGUGGCCGUCUACCCCGGGCAGUGCUCCGCAGGAAGCCAUCCCAAGACAGUGCUGCGCCAGACAGCAGGAGGGUGGUGAGCAUGUAUGGAGCCCCAGCCUGGCAGCAACGAGGCUCGCUAAGUGACCAGGACAGAACAGACAAACCCAGGAGGCCCAGGAGUGUGUGCAUGCUGGGAGGCCCCAACCUCAACCCUGCCCUGUUGCAGCCUGGGUCCCACAGGUCCCACUCCCAGCAGAGCUCCAGAAGGGUGGCUACAGGAUCUCUGGACGGUCCCCCCCAGCAUUGCUGGACCAGGAGGGCAGAACUGCGGGCGGUGGACGGCCUCAAGCCGGGGGUGCUCCCUCAGCGGACAGUGGCUGAGGAGAAGGUGGUCCCCAGGGUCCGGCAGCAGACCUGGAAACAGAGACCAGUCAGUAUGACAAUGUUGGAGCUGAGGAAGAAGGCCUCUGGGUCUCAGGACGAGCUGGAUAGCCAUAGGGGAAGCCAGGUUAGAGGUCUGUUCGGCCGCUGGAGGAUCUUUGGCCGACCAGCCCAGGACAAGGAGAAGGAUAAGGAGGGAGCCCGAGCCCCAGGUUCCAAGCCCGCCAGCAGGCUGGACGUCCCCAAGAAGACCCUGAGCUCCUUACGCCGGAGUCUCAGUUUGCGGAUCAGGAGGAACCGGCCGCGGGGGAGAGUGGAAAUAUCCGAAGUGACGGCAGAGGAACGCUCACGCACUAAAAGUAUCGGGCAAGAGACAUCUCUCCCCUCACGGCCCUUCUCCUACCUCACCGGGAGGUCCCUGCCACCCCCUUACGAGAGGGACAAUGAUGGAGGGAUGCAGAACAUUCAGUACCACAGCCAGGGCAAGGUCAAGGUGAUGGAGGUGCCCCUCUACCCAGCCAGACUGUCCUCCACUAAACCAGCCCAUGAAGAGCCCAGCGUGUGGCAGCUCAUAGCCAGCCGCUUUAGGAGGAAGGAGCAGCAACAACCGCCCAACGGUAAAUGUAAACUCCAGCCCCAACCCCUGAGCAAAGAGACUGGCAAAUAUCCCCUGGCUGGGAAUAAAAAGCCUCAGUUAGUUUCCAUAGAGACUCUGGCAGGCGUCGACUGCAGCAAAGGUCAAGACUCUUUCGUCAACAGCCAAGAAUGGACAUUGAGUCGAUCAGUGCCAGAGCUCAAAGUGGGUAUUGUGGGUAAUCUGUCGAGUGGGAAAUCGGCCCUUGUCCACCGGUACCUGACAGGCACGUACGUGCAGGAGGAAUCCCCUGAAGGUGGUCGGUUCAAGAAGGAGAUGGUGGUUGAUGGACAGAGCUACCUGCUGCUGAUCAGAGACGAGGGAGGCCCCCCGGAGCUGCAGUUUGCAGCGUGGGUAGACGCUGUGGUGUUUGUCUUCAGUCUGGAGGACGAGAUCAGUUUCCAGACAGUCUACAACUACUUCCUGCGUCUGUCCAGUUACAGGAACACAGCAGAGGUCCCCAUGGUCCUGGUCGGGACGCAAGAUGCCAUCAGUGCUGCCAACCCCAGAGUGAUCGAUGACUCACGGGCCAGGAAGCUGUCCAACGACCUGAAGCGUUCCACCUACUACGAGACCUGCUCCACCUACGGCCUCAAUGUGGAGAGAGUCUUCCAAGAUGUCGCCCAGAAGGUGGUGGCUCUGAGGAAAAAGCAGCAGCUGUCUAUUGGUCCGUGCAAGUCCCUUCCCAACUCGCCUAGCCACUCAUCAGUCCCCAACGCAUCCCUCCCCUCUGUGCAUAUUAACCAGGCGGCGAAUGGCGGGGUUGCGUUCAGCGACUACUCCUCCUCGGUGCCUUCCACUCCCAGCAUCAGCCAGAGGGAGAUGCGCAUCGAGACCAUCGCCGCCUCCAACACGCCCACACCCAUCCGCAAGCAGUCCAAGCGCCGCUCCAACAUCUUCACAUCACGGAAAGCCAACAGUGAACAGGCAAAGACCACUGACAGUAAAACAGAUAGUAUAGGCAGUGGAAGGGCCAUACCCAUCAAACAGGGCAUCCUUCUGAAGAGAAGUGGGAAGUCCCUGAAUAAGGAGUGGAAGAAGAAAUACGUCACUCUUUGUGACAACGGCCUCCUCACCUACCACCCAAGUUUACAUGACUACAUGCAGAAUGUGCACGGGAAAGAGAUUGACCUGUUGAGGACCACGGUCAAGGUGCCAGGGAAACGACCACCUAGAGCAGUCACCACUAUCGCCCCCACCGCCAGCCCCAAGACAAACGGACUGACCAAGGACCGCAGCACCCUGCAGCUGGGCGUAGGCACCACAGGUGCGCCCCAUUCUAACAGCAAUACAUCCCUCCAGUCAGAGCGUUCAGUCAGCGGAGGAGGCCUGGUGGGCUUCGGUGGCAGUAAGGACAGCAUGCACCAACGCUCCUUCUCUGUUUCCAGUGCCGACCAAUGGAACGAGGCCGUCAUCAACACCAGUGCAAGCACUGGGGCUGCCAACGGGAUGGGCGAGCCCCUAACCUGCAGCUCUGGAGUGGGCAGUGCCACCAGUCCCAAGCUGGAGCCUCCCCCCUCACCUCACGCCAACCGCAAGAAACACAGACGGAAAAAGAGCACGGGCAUCACCAAGCCAGACGGGCCGUCUGCAGGCAAUGAAGAGUCGGAGGAGUCUUUUGAGUUCAUUAUUGUGUCUCUGACGGGUCAGAUGUGGCAUUUCGAGGCGUCUACGUUUGAGGAGAGGGAGCUGUGGGUCACAGCUAUCGAGAGCCAGAUCUUUGCCAGCCUGCAGUCUUGCGAGAGCAUGAAGAAUAAGUCCCGGUUAGGCAGCCAAAGUGAUGCAGCGUCUAUUCAGUCCAUAAGGAACGUGAGAGGGAACAGCAUCUGUGUGGACUGUGAUGCAGCCAACCCGGACUGGGCCAGUCUUAACCUGGGGGCUCUGAUCUGUAUCGAGUGUUCAGGGAUCCACAGGAACCUGGGGACCCACCUGUCAAGGGUCCGCUCCCUGGACCUGGAUGACUGGCCCGUGGGGCUCAGCAUGGUGAUGAUGGCUAUAGGCAACGCUAUGGCCAACAGUGUCUGGGAGGGGGCCCUGGAGGGGUACACCAAGGUGGGCGCUGACAGCACCAGGGAGGAGAGGGAGCGGUGGAUCCGGGCUAAGUAUGAGCAGAAGCUGUUCCUGGUGGGUCUCCCCCAGUCGGAUGUGCCCCUGGGGCAGCAGCUGCUCCGGGCCGUGGUGGAGGACGACCUGAGGCUGGUGGUGCUGCUGCUGGCCCACGGCACCAAGGAGGAGGUCAACGAGACGUACGGAGACGGGGACGGACGCACCGCCCUGCAUCUGUCCUGUGCCAUGGCCAACGUGGUCAUCACCCAGCUUCUCAUCUGGUACGGUGUGGACGUGAAAAGUCGGGACGCGCGCGGCCAGACGCCGCUGUCCUGCGCCCGGCGGGCAGGAAGCCAGGAGUGUUCUGACAUCCUGCUCCAGCACGGCUGCCCCAAUGAUCCGGUCAGCAGCAGCAGCCUCACCACCCCCAACAUGAGCCGCAGAAACCCCAAUGUUAACCCCAACCCUAACGUCAACAACAACAAUGCCCUCAGUGAGCUCAACCGCAGUGUCAGUAUAAUGUAGGACCAGGAGUGGAUCAUCCCAGACCAGACUGGAGUAGACUUGACUCACCGAUCACCAAGGCUCAUGAACAUAAACACACUGUGUCCCCAUAGACGACCCAGUAACCAUACUACUCUCCCGGUCCCCAUUCUCCUCCUAUUCCGCUUCAUACUGUGUAACCUAAACUGAGCGACUGGCAGUGGAGGCUUUUUUGGGCCGCAACGGAGAGGAUAGAGAUAUUCCAAGAUGCCGAGAGAGGCAGGCUUUACCUGGUGGACAUUGUAUAUUGUAUUUGUUUGGUUGUUGUUUUCCUCAUAUCAUUGGCACAGCGGUACUGUCUGUCAGUAACGAUCAUGAUCAGUUUAAAACGUUUUUAUUGUUAUUAAGCAUCAACCAAAUGAAUGGCUCACCCCUCCCCUCUCUACUAAAACAGUUCAUUCCUAUGCUUGAACAUUUCCUUUCGUGUCGUCCUCUGUUGGAGCCAAACUGUGUUCAUAUUGUGCUGUUUGAUGAAAUGACAAAUUCCCUCCGAUAAUGCUUCCAUGCCUAUAUAGAGAAAGAUAAACGCUGUGGUAACAUUUUGCUUUUAGAUACUCCAAAGGAACUUCCAUGUUGGACGCACAGCUUUUGCUGAGUGGUAUCAUCCAUAGUUCAUGCAGGAGAGAAACUAUUCCUAUAGAUGUUGUAAUAGGGUUUACUACAAGCCCUGCAUAGCCCACCAAUUUCAAAAUUCAAAAGGUUAGAAAUGAACCAGUUAGUAUUGGUACUAUGAAGCCAUCAAACUCUUGACAUGCCAUUCAUGUAAAAAAUAAAAUUAAUUUAAAAAGCAACGCAUGUCUAGGUAGGUGGAAGGUCAAAAAUGAUUGAAAUACUUUACUUACAGGCUAAAGGUUUCAAUCAUAAUUUGACAUUUCAGAGAUGAUUGCACAAUGGGAGAAUUUUGGGAGAUAGUUAAGUGAGUCAUUUGUUCUUCCACCCUGAUCAUGUCCCGCUUGCAAAUCAUCCAUGAUUAUAAGGAAAUUGAGGGUCUGUUUUAUGAGCAUCGUGUCGAUUGGUUUUUGUAAAAAAAUAUAUUAAAAAAUGCCUCUUCAAUCAGAAAUCAUUCAGAGGAAUGAUUGAAGGAAGGAAAUUGUGUCAUUAAGAGA